UGGGAAUUAUUAUAUAGUUUGACAUCAGAUUAAGUUAGUCAAUUUGAAUGAUAUUUUUCGAUUUGAUAAUUUUAACUAUAUUCGUAGAAUUAAAAUAAUUUAUAUUAAUUUAUAAUGUUGGAAGUUACAUUGAACGAGAGAAAAAAACAGUUGGUAGAAUUAAACGAUUUCAAUAAAAAUAUCAAUCAAGAAAUCGCCAAUAUAACCUCUACUUUAGGAUGGACAGUAGAGAGUAUAUCACAAGAUAAUAAAAAUUUCUUAACGUGUCCCUACGAUCCAUCACAUCGAAUUACAGAAGAAUGUCUCGAUGCACAUCUAUCUGCCUGUCAAUGGAAAGCGGAAGGUUAUGGAAAAUUUAACAUUCCAUUUCCAGAAUCAGCUUUAUCACCAAAUGCUCCAUCGAGUCUCCAAUUGGACGAAGAAUUACAGGAUGAAAUCUUACGACACGCAAAAGAACAAAAUCCAGAGAUGAAAACAGGUUUGGGUCAACGAUUAAUUCCACAUACAUCUGACAGACUCACCUCAGAUUUUACUAGCGAUGAGAGGAAGGCACUGUACGAAUAUGUGAUUGCUCAUACUGUUAAACCUGAUAUAGGUCGUGAUAUUGCUGAUAUAAAUAAACCAAAACCACAAGAUAAAGAUAACAAAGAAAUGUCCCUUUUGGAAAUGCUUGUACAAGAACGCAAUUUGAAAAGGCGUAGAGCUAAGCACAGAGGUGUACACACUAAUAAAAAAUCUCAUAUAGAAAUUCUUAGAGAAGUUAUAAAUCAACAAAUGGAAAUAUAUACAGAAUAUAUUUCAGAACAAAAAGAUCCUACUGCAACAAGAACCACAUAUAAUUCUGAACAAGAUUUAAAUACAUAUUCAGAAAAACAGAAAUUAAUUGUAACUAAUUGUUACGAAAAGCCAUCAGCAUCCUCUCACUUCUCACAGAUUGAAAAAAAUGGGCAUCAACGUACAAAUACAAUAUAUGAUCGACGACAAGAAAGUACAAUAAAUAAAAAUUAUUCUGAAUCUAUGCAAUAUAAGAAAUAUGAGAAACGUUUAUCAGAUACAAAGGAAAGAUCAAAAAAGACUAAACGAAGUGAACAUAGGCAUAGAUCUCGUUCUAGAGAUUACAAGUCUCAUAAAAAACAUAAACAUAAAUCAAAAGAUAGACACGUAAAGAAAAAACAUAAAUCUAGAAAUCAUGAUAAAUCAUCACAAGAAAGAGGCCAUUCAAAAUACAGUGAUAUUAGAACAAAGGAUUCAUAUUACACAAAAGGUCGAUAGGUAUUUAUAAUAAUAUACAUCAUGUAAUUUAUUUAUAAUAAUUCGAAGUAUAUUUAAAAAAAAAAAAAAAAGUCUGUUAUCCAUUGGUGUAGAAUAUGAAAUUACAAUUCAUUAAAAUUAUUAUACAAUA